CAUGCGUGUUUUGGUCCUCUUCGCCCUUUUGGGCCUGGCCGCAGCGGCCCAUAAAAACCCACAACGUAUCGUGGGGGGCACUCCCACGGCAGUAGACCAGUACCCAUACAUGAGCAACAUGCAGUACCAUCUGUGGAACAUGUUCUGGGAGCAGUGGUGCGGUGGCUCCCUCAUCAACUCGCGGUCCGUCCUCUCGGCGGCGCAUUGCUACGAAGGUGACCGUGCCGACCAGUGGCGAGUUCGCCUCGGCACCUCGCAGGCGUCGAGCGGCGGCACCGAGCACCAAGUGUCACAGCUGAACUUGCAUGCCGGCUACAACCGCAACACCCUCGAGAACGACAUCGCCAUCAUUCACCUCGCCAACCCCGCUACUUUCAGCAACACCGUGGCUGUUGUAAGCAUUGGCGGCCCCAACUACAACCUCCCUGAUGGCACCCCAGUCACCACCAUCGGAUGGGGCGCCCUGUCCAGUGGCGGCAGCUACCCUGAGCAGCUCCAGCAUGUCGAAAUCAACAUUAUCAGCCAAGACUUCUGCUCCGCCCAGUACGCCUGGCUGAAGACCCAGCCUGGCUUCCAGAACUGGCCCGAUAUCACCGACAACAUGCUGUGCGCUGGCAUCCAGCACUACGGUGGCAAGGAUGCCUGCCAGGGCGACUCCGGUGGGCCUCUCGUCCACCCUGCUGACCCCACAGACGUCCAAGUCGGUAUCGUGUCCUGGGGCUACGGGUGCGCCCACCAGGACUUCCCCGGUGUCAACGUUCGCGUCAGCAAAUACACCGACUGGAUCGUCGCCAACGCCUAAAACCUAACACGA